AUGGUGAUAUUUUCUUGGGCAUUGCGGCUAUUUUCACUGCUGUCACUAUCGCAAUAUGUGAUCUCGUGUGGGCGUCAACUGGCUGAAACACCCCAACAUUGGCAGACUGCCGACGCGGUUGUCGUGUCGCAUCCACUCGCAAAAGAUCAAUGGAGUCUUUUUCGUAAUCAUGAGCAACUUCCACAAACGCUUCGUAUCGUCGAACAUGGUGCAGCUUCCGUUGCUGUCAACUUCAAAUACUUCAAUUUGUUGACCGGUGAUAAGGUCAUAGUGCGUGAUCCAAACCACACUACGUCAAUUACCAUUACCACAGCAAACACCAGCAUGCUCACGGAAACAACAGUACUCGACAAGUCGCCACAUUCGGUGCUGCUGCGUACACACCCGUUCUUGGUAACAGGUGAUACCGUGGUGGUUGAGUAUUUCCCGAGUAUUCCAACACUUAUGCUGCCCAUCGCGGCAGCCCUGCGCGACAAUCCAGUUAUAAUUUUGGACUCGUAUGCGUCUCUUAGCUACAGUUUCAGGUCUGGACUAAUAAAUGCUGGAGUUGACACCGAGAGCACGGUCGGAGCUGUUGAUGAAUCUAAAGAAGCCAUUUGUUACCGCAAUACACAACCCCAAAUGUACGCCAAAGCUCGAGCAGUGGCACGCCUAAUGAUUCGCAAUGAGGAGGAGCAACGUUCGGAUAUGUCGGCGCAAGUAGCGAGCUGGGUAUUUUGUACGGGUUGGCUCGUUGGACGGGGCAAUUACUUGAUUACCAACCAUCACUGCAUAAAGGACGCAGCUGUAAGAACCAGACAAAUUGGUAAUACUGCUCACGAUCGGAAGAUCAGUGAGGCAGUCCGCUUGGGGGUCCUGUCCAGUGCUGCCAACCAAUUCUCGCAAGUUAAUAGUCCUCGACCAGACAGGACUCACCGUGUCGUGGAGGCCGUCGUGGGUUUCAUGGCUGAGACUAAAUGUUGUCGAGAGGUGGGAUUCAUGGAAAGGGUUGGCAUUGUGGAGGCCACGCGAGUAUCUGUGGUCGCCGAAAACCCGGAACUGGACUACGCUUUGGUGCGUGUGCUCACAAACGACUCAAAGACUGACUUAUCGCAGCGCUACGGAUACUUGCGCCUGCGCGCUACUGGUCCUAUUAAUAAAGAACACAUUUAUAUUCCACAACAUCCACGUGGGGAGCCCAAGGAGAUUGCAGCAGAAAAGGAUGGAAAACCCGCUGUAAUGGAAGUGCUGCCAGUACAUUCAAUCACGUCUCUAGCAUUCGUUCCUCGGGAAAGUUAUUUAAGAGACAUGGAGCCAACUGUGUGGUACAAUGCCGAUACAAAGCCUGGUUCAUCUGGUUCACCAGUAAUAGGUCGCAACGAUAAUGCGGUUGUGGCAUUGCAUCGUGCUGGGACGUCGGAACUCGCGCCAUCAGCUUCUACGGAUUUAUUCAAUGCCGGAGUACGCAUUGACUUGAUAGCACGUGACCUCCAGCGACGUCGUGUCUUGCCUAGAGAUGCAUUGGCUUCGUAA